UUACGCCCUGAGAAAUUUUCAGAAGGUUUGAUCGAGUACCUGCGCCUCAUCCAAAUCCGUCGUUGCUAUUGUUCUUCAUCUUUGAUCUUCUUUCCUCGUCGAAAAUGGCGUUUUUGCUCAACAACUCCUCUAUCUCGUCGCACUUUCGAUCUCAUUCCAAGAAGACCGAUGAUGCCUUAGCUCUGUCCCGUCGGGGGUUUCACGUUGAGCCAGGGCCUCGCGAGAAAGCUCUCUUGGCUGAGGAUGCAGCUUUGAGCAAAUUCAAGUCGCAUAAGAAGGGCGUGCGCAGAGUGAAGAGGAUCGGAGAUGUGCUUACAAUUAUCGUUGUUGCAGGAUGCUGCUAUGAAAUCUAUGUCAAAACAAUGAUGAAAGGAGCUCGGGAAGAUUGAAGAGGUGCAACCGUGCAAUGAGGAGGGGAAGCUCAUGCAUGUAUGUUGCCCAUUUCUCUUCUUGAUAAAGUCAGUACUACUCUUGGGGUUAUUGCACUUUGACGUCUCAAUAAGUGGACAAAGGAAAGGAUAUUGUUGUUGGAAUUGGCUUGUUUCUCAUGGUUAUGGGUAAUGGGUUCCUUCCUCGUCCAUUAAAACCAUUCUUUGACCUUUUUUUUCCUUGGUGGGAGAUUCUGUGUGGCCCUUCCCGGGGCACCGCCUCAAUGGGGACAAGCUUUGUGCACCGGGCUGCCUUUAGAUUCUGUGUGACCCAUCUAGAAUGUGGCUGCAGCCUCAACUUUAGAAUAAGCUUAUGGAUAUUUCAUAUGGGUGGUGGAACAUGGUUCCCUUAGGUCGACUUUUUUUGCACAUUGCUUAUGGCGGAUUCUCACAUUCCGCCAUGGUACUAGCUGAAGUAGCAUACAUUAUUAUGAUUAUUGUUAUUACUGCCUCUGAGACCAA